GAUAAGAAAAACUAAAAGUUUAAGGAACAUUAUCUCCAUGAAGUUAAUAUCAUUCCAGAACAUAAUCUAAAUGCAUAAUGGGUUUAUUUCGUGAAGUCUCGAAUAUGGUCAAGGAUACAGACAACUAGAAGCUGAAAAUUGUAUCCCCGUCGUACAGGACUCCGACAAAGAAAACAUUGAUCUGGGUGGAAUGCAGUUUAUGCACAUGGAGUUUUUGGACGAAGCUUUCCUACAUCCUGAGGGGCUGGCCGGUGUUGAAAUGGCGAAAGAGCUGGUAACUGUUCCGAAAUGUAAAACCUGUAUCAAAAAUUCGAGUUUCGAUGCGGAGAAUCGGAAGUUAAAAAGAAAGCUGGACAAUGCAGAAGCUUCGAUGACCAAAGACCAGUUUUAUAUGUUGACUAACAAUGUGAAAAGAGUCAAACGAUGGUCAGACAAGAGUAUUACCGAUGGUCUUCAUUGCAAGUUCUCUUGUGGGUCAACCGCGUACGAAUUGGAAAGAAAAAAGUGGUUCUUACCAAGCGGACGUACACUACGUGAACGUUUUCAAGCUAUUCAUUUCGAGAGCGGCAUACUUGAAGAAAUAUUCGUUUUAUUUUCCCAUAAAGUGCCUAGUAUGCAAGAAGGUGACAAAAACUGUGCGGUAAUUUUCGAUGAAAUGGCGAUUCAGCCAGGUAUCAACUAUUGCAACAACCUGGAAGUUUGUCGCUUCCCAACCAUGACGGGAUAGCUAAU